AUGCUCAUCUUGUUGUGCAAUCGUCUUUUCGGUGGUGGUGGUGGUGGUGGUGGUACCACGAGUUCUGGCCGGCGUUUUACUCACCACAGGGCAAACAACUCGAGGCAUCACUGGUCGAUGAUUGGUCGUGGCGCCUGGCAGGUUUGGUUCACUCCCGGUGAUGGUCGGUCACUUGACACACACCUACGCGCGAUGGACCACUCUCGAGGGACUUCACACCCUGGCGCGCGUGCUUGUGUCACGACCAGUUGGUGUGUGCCAGGCCGUGAAAUCACGCAGUGGCUCACUGACUCGUCUCUCUCCUUCCCCGCCUCCAAGUGGAACUCAUUCCAGGCUUGUCGAUGUUGCUGA